AUGUUACUGCUUCGACGCGGACCGCGACCACAUAACUUCCCUGUAAUUUCGAGGCGCUUUGCUUCAACGUUGCGCCUGUCCGGUGUGCGUGUCGGCAAAGUUCAGCUUCUCGUUGGAGCAUCUGCUGUUGGUUUAUUGGCUAUUGGUACUGGAAUCCUGCUCACUGACAGAGCCACCCACCACUAUGCGCAAGAUCUCUUGAAGCGCCGAGCCACGGUUGUUGAUCCAGAUGUGCUACAAUGGGAAUGGAACGCAGACAAUGAUGAAUGGCCAAUGGACGACGAGCUGAGCGGAAACAUAAAAAAUGCCAUCCGCGAGGCUUGGAUAUUGUCUCACCGACUUCCCGAUUCGAGCCCCUCUUUGGAGUCGGGUGAAAAUGUGGUCGAUGCCAUGUACCAACAGAGUGAAACAGCGUUACGCAGUUUGAUCUCUCUCGUUGAAGCACAUCCGCCACCCAACCCAUCGACGCUUGUUGCCCUUCUCAUCCAACACGCCGAAGCUUUGGGAAAACUGGGACAGAAUGGCCUUGUCCAGUCCAAAGACUGCUACGAAAGAAUUUGGGAAAUGCAAGGAGGAGUGGGGAUCCAGGCAGCACGCACUGCAUACAAGCUCGGCAAUAUCUUUGGCAGACUAGGCCAGAAGGACGCGCUGAAUUGGUGGACUCGCUCGUUGCAACUUGCCGGCGGGAAUGCUCCUUUCAAAGAUGGCGUGCCAAUUACUCCUCCUUCCACACCAGCCGCUCAGCGGAUAGUUGCAUUGACUCUAGUCUCCCUUUCAGCCCACUAUGCAACGACCAAUCAGCUCAAAGCAGCCCGCAAAAUCGAGCUCAGUGGCUUAGAAAUUCUCCGUUCCAUCGAGACGCCACAGUCGCUUGCUUCGACAACUCCUGCACAAUCGCUACACUAUCUAACACUCCUACAAAGAUCAGCUAUCCUCUCUUCUCAUCUUGCUGAAGUCAGCUACGCUCAGCGUCGCCCUCCUUCUGAAUCGUUGCAACACUUGGAAAAUGCUGCUCAUUCCUCCGAAAGGGUGGCUUUCGCCUUAGUUGGGACACCAAUACGAGAUGAGAUGACGCCGAGCACAAUUGAGUCCCUCCUUCCUCAGUACGCGGACAACGAUCAUCUUCAACUACCAGCCCGGCGUUUGUUGGGAGAAGCUCAGCGAAGUGCUGCCCUUUCAUGGAAUUUGAUGGGAAGAUUGACUGAAAAGAUGGACUCAGCUUUGGCGCUUUCCUAUUACACUCGGGCUUUGAGUUGGGCAGGAAAUCUCAACGCUCCAUCGAGUACUAUGAUGCGCGAAGAAUGGUCAGAUAUCCAGAAAAAUUAUCAGCGAUUGAGUCGAUGA